GCAGGAAACAGGAAAUGUAAAUGUUUAGGUGAAGCAGGAGCCCUCCGAAGCACCUCUCCGGUGGAAGCGCUGCCAGGGUAGCAUGCGAAAGCCAAAUCUCAUCGCCCUGCUUUCUGCCCUGUCGCUGGCUAGAAGAUCUGCUGGAAACGGCUCUGAAAAUGAUGGUUCUGGAGAUGGAUUGCCGAUAUUAUCCACCACUGCAGUAACGCCUCCUCCUGCUUCGCAUCCUUCAACCACAGGUGACCACGAGCCAGUACUUGUCACUACAAGCACUGUUGAAAGCAGCUUUGAAAUACGAAGUACUCCAAGUACUGAACUAAAUGUUGAGAACAAUCAGGACAGCCUAGAAGCAGCAGAACAGUCUAUCUUAAUAUAUAUUGUUCCCAUUGCACUACUGGUCCUGCUGAUGAUGCUGGUCAUAUUUUUUGUAAUGCACCACAAAAGGAAAAAGUCUAAGCAAGAUGAGCUGGGAAGUGAAAAUGUGAAAAGUCCUAUUUUUGAAGAAGACACACCCUCUGUUAUGGAGAUAGAAAUGGAAGAGCUCGACAAAUGGAUGAACAGCAUGAACAAAAAUGCUGAUUGUGAAUGCUUGCCUACUGUAAGAGAGGAAGAAAAGGAAUCAAUUGCUAACCCAAGUGAUGGUGAAUCAUGAAGUUGGAACAGCAAAGAACUGGUUAAAGGGAAGCACCACACAAGCUAAUGAUCCCCCAGAUGCUGAAUGAACUGGAUUAAAAUAUAAUUCAUCUCAAAAGGCCAAAGAGAAUGGGUUUGUUGUGUCCUGCCAUAUAGUCUUUAGAAAAGAAACAGCACCAAGGGGAACAAACCCCCCCUGAAAAACAAAACAACACCAAACAAACAAACACCACCACAACAAAACUGUCACAAAAACAAAACUCAAAAAGGAAAGCACUAUUAUAAAAUCAGGGCCUGAUUUAACUUCCUUCUGCAAUGAGAUUAAUCACAAAUCAAGAGAUGCCUCUUCUCCCUUCCUCAUCCCACAAGUCUGCAAAACAGUCCACAUACCUGCCUAGUUCUUGAGUUGUGUAUCACAUGGAAGCACUUCUGUUCCAAGUUUGGUGGGUUUCUUUGUAUUUCUAGUGGUUUGUUUGUUUGUUCAUUUUAAAAUAUAAACAGCAUCCAUAAUUCUGGAGUACUUGGGUUUGGUGGAUAUGAAGCUCAUACCUGUGCAAUGCUUGUUUUUCAGUGUGGUCUUUUGGUAACAGUGCACUUAUUUCACAAGACUUCUGCUGGGAAUGUAUCAGGCUAGGAUUGACAGAUCAGGUCGAAAGCCAGACAAAACAGCUGAAAAGCCUCUGGAAGGAUUUGAUAGGAACAACUGCAGCCAGGAAAAGGCAUGAUAUUCACAACUUGCUUUUUGGUUUUCAAAUUAAAGGCAGAAGAAAAAAAAAAA